UAAGGGAGGCAGCACGGUCCCGACAGACGCCAUCAACGGGACAACAAAAUGUCGGAGGACGUAGACGGCCCAGACAAAAUUAAUACAGCCCCUGGAGACUCUGGAAAUACAGAUGGAGAUAAUGAUGGCGGUUCAGGACCACCAAUGUCCAUGAGAGGAGGAGGAAGAGGGGGCUUCAGAGGGAGAGGAAGAGGAUUUGGACCAAUGUGUCCAAUGGGACCGAUGGGGCCCAUGGGACCGAUGGGGCCAAGAGGACCAGGUGGACCGGGUCCUGGUGGCCCUCGCUUUAGGGGCAGAGGAGGUCCAGGGUUUAGACCCCCACCCCCAGGAUUUAGGGGUCCUCCACCAUUUGGGCCACGGGGACCAAGGUUUGGUCCAAGAGGCCCACCACCACCAUUUGAUCCUAACUGGGGACCAAUGCCUCCACCACCCCCAGGAAUGGGUGGCCCCAUGGGCCCUCCAGGCAUGCCCCCAAUGGGACCAAUGGGUCCAAUGGGGCCCAUGGGACCACCAGGACCUUGGGGACCAAUGGGACCACCUGGGCCAGGUGGUCCACCUAACCAGCAACCCAACCAAAAUCAACAAAACUCCUUAGGAGGCAUGGACCUCAGUGGUGAGAUCUGGGUGGAAACCAAGACUGGGGAAGGAAAGUCCUAUUACUAUAAUGCACGCACUAGAGAAACUACGUGGACCAAGCCAGAGGGGGAUGGUGUUAAGAUAUUGACACAACAAGAGGUAGAGGCUAUGGCCCAGGCAGCAGGCGUGACUCCUCCAAGUCAAGGUGGUAAUAAUAGUGGACCUCCAAAUGCUGGCGGUGGUGGAGGUAAUAAUAAUAAUAAUAGCGGCGGUGGUAACAAUCAAGGUCCUGGUGGUGGUGGCAGUAAUGGACCUCCAAAUCAGGAAAAUGGUGAAAAAGAUGGGGAUGAUGAUGAUGGACCAGGUGGUGGCUGGCAAGGACCACAGGGUCAGUGGGGCCCUCCAGGUGUGGGCAUGGGUCCACCUCCAGGUGGGCCACCAUUUGGCAUGCCUCCUGGUGGCCCAUUUCCUGGGGGACCAGGUGGGCCUCCUCCGUAUGGUGUACCUCCAGGACCACCAGGAUUUGGCCCAGGGUUUGGUUCCGGUUUUGGCCCUGGUCCAGGCCCUGGUUGGAAUGGAUACCCUGGUCAUGGGAUGCCCUCUGGGCCCCCAAUGGGUCCCCCAGGUUGGGGAAUGCCACCACCUGGCAUGGGAAACAUGUCACAAGGUGGUAUGCAAGGCCCCAUGGGUGAUCAACAGCAGCAACAACAGCAGCAACAGCAGCAACAACAGCAGCAGCAACAACAACCACCACCCCAACAGCAACAGCAGCGACAACAGCAACCGACACAGCAGCAACAACAGCAGCAGCAACAGCAUGAGCCAAAGUCAUUAACAGGACCAGAGCAGGCAGGCAGCAACGUUUCUGGUGUUAGUAGCAGCAAUGGUCCUGGAAGUGAGAACAGCAUGGUGAAUACUGCAAAUAGUGGUGUUGUGGUUGCCAGUAGUACAACAGUAGUAACACAGGGAGCUCCCUCCUCUUCUGUUGAUGAUUCCAAUUUAGACCCAGAGAUGGUAGCCCAGGCAUCUCACUGGACAGAGCACAAAGCUCCUGAUGGUAGGAGUUAUUAUUACAAUUCCAAAACUCAAGAAUCUGUAUGGGAGAAACCUCAGGCCAUGAAAGAUCUGGAAGCUGCAAGAUUAGCAUUGGCACAGGGCAUCAGUUUAUCAGUGAAUUCUGGUCCUGGGGCACCUGGCACAGAGGCAGAAUCUUCACAAGAUAGUAACUCUGCUAAAGUGAAUGGAGAGGAUUCGACAUCCCCCGAUGACAAAAAUACAUCAAUGGAAGUUGACAACGAUGAUUCUAAGGACACGUGGAUUGAUUUGCAGGAUGGUGAAACAGACGACCAAAAAAGCCAGCAAGAUCUUAGUCGGCCAGUAUCUUCACAACCUGUGUCAGGCACCCCCUGGUGUGUGGUGUGGACUGGUGAUGGCAGAGUUUUCUUUUAUAAUCCCACAACAAAAACGUCUGUAUGGGAGAAACCCCCUGAUCUGUUGGACCGUGCUGAUGUUGACAAGAUGGUAAAUACCCCGCCUGCAGAAGUUGUGGGAUUGAAGAACAAAGCUGAAGAACCAUCAAAUGAUGAGCCUUUAUCCAAGAAACCUCGUACAGAUGCACCUAUAACUGCUGCAGCAACCACUGCUACACACCCAACUAUCAUUAGUCAGCAUGUGAAGGAAGAGGUGAAACGCAUAGACAUUGGGAAAGAAGCUGCAAUUGAAGCAGAGGUGAAAGCAGCUCGGGAACGUGCUAUUGUUCCCCUGGAAAUUCGCAUGAAACAGUUCCGCGAUCUUUUGGCAGAGAAAGGGGUAUCUGCAUUCAGUUCAUGGGAAAAGGAACUCUCCAAAAUUGUUUUUGAUUCCCGUUACCUUCUUCUCACUUCACGGGAAAGGAAACAGGUAUUUGAGAAGUAUGUAAAAGAGCGGGCUGAGGAGGAGCGUCGAGAGAAACGAAACAAGUUGAAGGAGCGCAAGGAGGAAUUUCGUAAGUUACUAGAGGAGGCUGGACUUAAUGGGAAGUCGUCAUUUAGUGAUUUUGCAGCCAAAUACAGCAAGGACGAUCGUUUCCGCAACAUAGAGAAGAUGCGAGAGAGGGAGAGUCUGUUUGACGAGUUUCUGCUGGAGGUUCGCCGUCGGGAGAAGGAGGAAAAGGCUGCUAAGCGUGAACAGAUCAAGAAGGACUUCUUCAUCAUGCUGAAAGAAGCAGACAUUGACUGCCAUAGUCGGUGGUCAGAUGUAAAACGUAAAGUUGAUAAUGAUCCCAGAUAUAAAAUUGUGGUGUCUGGGGUUCAGCGUGAAGACUGGUUCCGGGAUUAUAUGAUCAAGGUUAAGGAAGAACGGAGGCGUUCCCGUGACAGGUCAAGGACCCGUGACAGGGAUAGGGAAAGGGAACGUGACCGGGAACGAGAAAGAGAUCGUACUGACCGUGAACGAGAUCGGGGUGAAAGGGACCGUGACAGAGGAGAACGAGGAGAUAAGGAGAGAGAAAGGAGGAGUCGAGAUUCUCGUGACCGCAGCAAAGAAAGGGAGAAGUCUGAUCGUAAAGAAAAGAAGAAGGAAAAGAAAGAAAAAGAGAGAGAAAAGGAGAAGGACAAAGAGAGGGACCGAGAAGAAAAGAAAGAAAAAGAAAAGGAGAAGGAGAAGGAAAGAGAGAAGGAAGAUUUAGAUGCAGUCCAAGAAAUUGGCGACGAUGUGGAGGACACUCAUAAGAGCGAGGUUAGGGGAUCCAAGUUGUCUAGCAUGGGGGAAGACACAGGCAGUGAUGGGCCUGAUGAGGAACGUGAAGAUGGGGAAGCAAAUGAAGCAGCUGAGGAAGAAGAACGUGAGAGGCAGAGGAGGAUUGAAGAGUCCCUUAGAAAGAGAGAGGAGGAGGUUCAGAGGGCCCUCGCUGGCCAUCUUCGUGAUCGUGACAAGGAGCGCAUGCAGCACAAACACGAUGAAGCCGUUCAUAAUUUCAAUGCAUUACUGGCAGAUUUGGUACGAAGCACUGAUUACACUUGGAAGGAAGCAAAGAAGUCUUUAAAGAAAGAUUCACGUUGGGAAUCUGCUGGAGCCCUUGAGCGUGAAGAAAAGGAGAAGCUAUUUAAUAAUCAUGUUGAGAACCUCACAAAACGCAAGCGAGAAAAGUUCAGGGAACUCUUGGAAGAGUUGCCAGAAGUGAAUUUAGAUUCAAACUGGAAAGAUCUGAAAAAGGAACUUAAGGAUGAUCCUCGUUACACCAAAUUUUCAUCAUCUGACAAGAAGUGUGAGCGGGAGUUUCGUGAAUACCUGAAGGAUAAAUUGGUUGCUGCUAAAGCAGACUUCAGGGAAUUACUCAAGGAAACGAAGAGCAUCACACAUCGGUCUUUAAAGCUGUGUAGCGAGGGUGAACAACACAUGCGGGAUGUGGUGGAAGUUUUGCGAAAGGAUCGUCGCUACCUUGUGCUAGACUGUCAGCCUGAUGAGAGGUCAAAGAUUUUAAUGGCUUAUAUGGAAGAACUAGAAAAGCGGGGACCCCCUCCUCCGCCCACUGCAUCAGAGCCCACUAGACGACAUGGAGAGGAGGGGUCUGUGCACCAAAGGUAAUAUUGCUGUCUCAGAUGUAUGGGCUUCAGAAGAAUUGUGACUGUAGCUUUGUUAACAUAUUUUUUUUAUUUUAUUUAUCACCACUAUUUUUUAUUAGAGCUUUAGAAAUUUAUGAGUAAUUGAAGACAGUGAUAGGAGUCACUGCAAUAGGUCACUUUCAAAGAAUGCUUAGGUGCAACUGUACAAUAAGUAGGUGUGAAUAAACUGAAGAGGUGUAGUUCACGAUUGUCAUUGGUAUGAAAUAAUGAUUGUAACAUUCAAUUACUUAUGUUAUUGAACCGUUAUGGUUAUUAUUAAGUAAUGCUUUACUUUUAUUUUCUUUGUGGAUUGAGUGGUUGUAGAUGUCUGCAAAUGUAUUUUAUACUUUAGUCUAUAUCCAGUGUUUUAUUCAUACAUUCAGCCUGUAUGUGUGGAGGAUUUGCCUCUUGUAUGGUAAAGAAAUAAAAUGUGAUAGACUUUGA